AUGUCGAAAUCUCCUUCAUCUGCUGUUAAACGUUUAAUGAGAGAUUGGAAGGAGGUUCUCGAUUAUCCAUUAGAAUAUAUCUAUGCCCAACCAUAUCCAAUUAUGAAUAAUGGACAAGUAGAAGGAUAUGACAUGUACAAUUGGUUUGCAACAUUGCUGGUUCCUGAGAGUGUUAGUACAUGUACUGCAAUUUCAUUGACCUUAACUUUCAAUGAUAAUUAUCCAAUUGUUCCACCAAAUGUGAAAUGUCUUUCCGUUAUUGCCCAUCCUCAUGUAUUUGGUUCAUAUAUUUGUUUAGACAUGCUAUCAGUUCCUUACAAGUAUAACGGUACAUGGGAUUCCUGGUCUGCUUGGUCUUCCACAUACUCUGUCUUAUCCAUUUUACUUCAAUUAGAAUCAUUCUUGUUGGAUAAGUAUUUAUAUUCGAAAUUUUCGGUUAUCAAGAAUGCAGAAUAUAAAGAACUCAUUGAAAUGGGACAUGAUCCAAAGAAUGCCAAGUUUUGGCCUUGGGCUCCGCAUUGGGGCUCUAUAAACUCUCAAAUUCCAACAGCAUUGAAAUCAUCUAAUGAGAUUGGAAACACUCAAAUACUGAGAACAAAAUCAUCCAAAAGUAAGAAAAUCAAUAUCAAUGGUUCUUCCACUGCUACAUUGGAUGUUAUUCAAUCAGAGUGGAAAGGAGCUAGCAGCACAUUGGAAGUUCUUUCCUCACUCAAAUCAAACGAUAAUCAGUUCAAAGGAGAAAAAUCGAGCAAAACGAAUACUUCAAUCGUUAUGAUUAAUGGAAAACCAAUGGAAAAGAUUACUAACACAUUUGGUGAAGUAGUAUUGACUCAAAAUCAAGUAAUGGAAAGUUUAAGACACAGAGCUAGCUUAUUGAAUGUGAAACCUACUGAAAUAGUUUCAUAUAAAGACUUGAAAUUCAACCAUCGAUUGGAUAUUAUGAAAUUACCACCAGAAAUUAUCAGAGAAAUAUUCAGUUAUUUAGACUUUUCAGAUUUGAAGAGUGGUGUGGAACAGACAUGUCACUAUUUGAAAGGUAUUGCAUCGAGCAAAGCAAUCAUUCAGGAACGGGAAUUAAUAUGUUUCCAUUCAAAAGUCACAUUUAAGGAAGAUACUUUGGGAAUUGGAUUGAAUGUUGAAGUUAAACCAAACGGUUACGUUGAUAAUAUCAGUUCUCCAAUGGACCUAGUCUCUAGAAAUGCCUUUUACAAUGAUAAUGCUGUAAAGAGUGCUUGGGGAAUUGAAACCAAAUUCUGGAUUCCAAUUUUUAUCAAUAAGAAACAUGCUGACUUUGAAUUAUUCAAAUCAAGUGUGAAAGCCAUUUACAAUGCUCAUCCUUCCAUCACCAAGGAAAAGUCAAAGACUUACUCUGAUCUCUUCAAUUCUCCAGAAGUCUACAUUGAUCUGAUUUGCAAGAUUAUGAACUCAAUGAUAGUUGACCUCAUGAAGGGUGAAGUACAUGCCUCAAUCAAGUAUUUGCAAGGUUAUUUGUAUUUCCACAGAUGGCUGCUAUAUAUCUUGGAAAUCUUCCCAUUUACAACCAAUGCCAUUGAAAGAAAGGUCAAGAAUUUCGUUAAUCGCGAACAUUUGAGAAACAAAUAUAAUUGUCCAAACUUGGGUGAGUUCUUAAUCUUGCUGUCAGUGCUGGGACCUGCAAAUUUAAAUUGGGAUUCAGUCAAGUAUGCCAUUGUGGAAGAAACUUGCACUAGAAAUGUGUUGUGGGCUGUUAAAAUGUUUCCAGAAUUGGCAAAUCUUUCAAUCGAGCAACCUAAACGAAUUGAAAAGACUUGGAAGGCAAAUAUGGUUUCUUGCAAAUUGCUAAUGUUCCACGUCUUUUUCUUAAAGACAGUAAUUGAGAAGGAGCACGCAGGAAGAUCUUUGGAUGAAGUUGCCAGAUUAUAUGAUUUGAAUUUUGGAUUAUCACCUGAAACUCAAGAUGGACAAGAUUUGGAAGAGUUGGUACAGGUUGCCAUUUUCAAGAAUAAUAAUGCACAGGACUUUGAAGAAUUCUUGGAAUAUGUGGGGUUGGAUGAGCAGCUGAAUAGUCGAGAAAAGAUAUUGACCUUUUUGGAAUAUUGUGUGAAAACCUCUGAACAGAGAAGAUACCACAAAGUUCCUCCAAAUAAAUAA